GACACAACACUCUUAGCCCGCUUUUAUGCACGCGUUUUUUGUCGCCUGUCGAGUGGCGACAAAAAACGCGUCGUUUUCUCAACGCAUUGUCUUGUAUGUAGCCAUUUAUGCAUCAACGACGGUGAGCCGCUCGAUGCCCGUGUCGCGGCGUUCUCAAAUUUGGUCGCCUGGAAUUUGAGAACGCGUGGCGACAGGCGUUUUGUAAUUGGUGGGUGUUGUCUAAAGACUGAAGACGUGUGCUACAAUGGAACAUCUGGAUGUCGAACUAUUCAUCGACGCAAUAGAAAAACGACCAUCUUUGUGGGAUUCAUCGUCAGGAGACUACAAAAACAGACAGCUUAAAAGAGACGAUUGGAAGGAAGUGUGCGAAAUUGUUAUCCAAAAAUUUGGGGAAAAAGAUGAAAAAGAAAGGCAGGAAAUUGGUAGAGAAGUUCAACUUAAAUGGAAAAGUCUGAGGGAUGCUUAUGUUCGUACCAUUCGACAGUCUAAGGGAAAAAAAUCAGGAGCGUCUGCUAAAGCUUCUUCAAAGGACAUAAAUGACAUGCAAAGUACUUCAUCAGAUGUCCAACAUACUCAGUUCGACAGCCAAAUGGAAACUGGACGAACUCCUAGUAGAAGUACUCUCUAUAGAAGAAAGAAAUCAGAUUUAGAAAGUAAACUUGCAAGCUAUAUUGAUUCCCAUAACAGACAGCCAGCAUUAGCUAUACAAAGUCAACCACAAGAAACUGAUGACAUGGCCUUUUUUAGAUCAUUACAAGCAAGUUUAGAUACGCUCACUCCGAAUGAGAAAUUGAAUUUUCGAAUAGAGGUCAUGCAAUUAUUAAGCCGAUAUACUAACAAACAACCAAAUCAGUAUAUACACAAUUUUCCAAAUCAUAUACCCCAUUACCAACCACAGCAAUAUCCAGUAAUGACCAACAUCUCUAAUAUACGUUUUAAUACGCCAGCACCUCCAUUCGCAUCAUAUUCUACAGUAUCAUCUGAGAUCACACCUCAUUUGCCUCAUCCUAAUACUGAUACUACUGAAUCACUUGCUGUGACGUCACCACAAACGCCAUUUUCUCCGACGGAAUCGGAAAAUUCAAUAAUUUCACAAGCCGAAUCACUAAUAUCACUGUUAUCAAAUCAAUAA